AGAGCUUUUCCCCCCUUCAAAUCGCCCUGCAUUUCGCGGGGCACCUUUUGAUCGACCCGACCCGACCCGAUAUUCGCCUCGAUCCUAACGAUGAAGGAGGAAGAAGAACGCGCCGUGCCCCCGCCGGCCCCCGACGGCGCCGUCAGCUUCGAGAUCGCCUCCCCACCCGACAUUGAAGGCGCAGACGGCGCCGCCAGCUUUGAGAUCGCCCCACCGCCCGCCCCGACCAAAAUUGAAUUUGCGAACGACGACGUUUGCGAAGAAGUCGCGGCCCCGACCGAAACUGAAGGCGCAAACGACGCCGUUUGCUCGGAUGCCGCCGCCGCCGCCCCGCCAACCCCCACCGGUGGCGGAAGUUUCAAGAAGAAGAACCGCAGCAAGUCGUUCAGCCUCCUCAAGGCGGCGCUGAACAUCUUUUCGCCGGAGAACGAAAAGAGCAGGCCGUCGUCGGCGAAGAAGAAGAAGACGAAGAGCGGCGGCGACUGGAAGACGGUGGUGGGGUCAAUGCGGCCGUUGACCCUGCAGGACCGGUCUCCGACCCCGUCCCUCCCGUCCAUGUCGCCCUCCUGUUCCUACGAAAACCUGGCGACGCUCACCGGCUCCCCGUCGCCGUCGCACGUCUCCUCCUGCGGCAGCAGCACGAUGAGCCGGUACGCCUCCGCCACAAAUCUCCAAGAUCUGGACGCCGCCGGCUCCGAUCCCGACGAGGUGUUCGACGCCAUCGAAGGUGACGAGAUGAUCGACGUCAAGGCGGAAGAAUUCAUCGCCCGAUUCUACCAACAAAUGAAGCUCCAACAACGUCAGCAUCAUCAUCAUCAUCGUCAUCAGCGCCUAUAAAACAAAUUAUUCUGCUAAAU